UCCAGUGGAUGGGCGGGCCUGGCCUAUGGCGCCGUGUGGUGAGAUCUGUGGCGAAUUCCCGGCGGCGAGGAGGAUCGCGCAAUGCGGUAAGAGCGAGUGAUUCCAUUCUCUGGCCGCAGCGGCAGCGAAUUCUCUCCGGGAUCGAAAGCCAUGGGUACGUCGUGCGAUCGAGCAUUGUGUGGUAUUCUUCGAGCUCCAGUCGAGUGGAGCCAUUAGGCAAGGGCGGGAAACAAGACGAUCGAUCGUCCGCUUCGUGGAUUAAGUCUUUUCCACCGUCGCUCCAGCCGUUUGCGUGCCUUGCGAGGUUGGACAAGCCGAUUGGAACUUGGUUACUGGCAUGGCCAUGCUUUUGGUCGAUCGCUCUCGCCGCUCCGGCUGGAAGCUUGCCAGACCUGAAAAUGCUCGCGCUGUUUGGAACGGGAGCGAUCUUGCUGCGUGGUGCUGGCUGCACGGUGAAUGACUUACUUGAUCGUGAUAUCGAUGGCAAGGUUGAUAGAACCAAACUUCGGCCAAUCGCUUCUGGAGCAUUGUCUCCAGCUCAAGGUGUUGGAUUUCUCGGUUGCCAGCUUCUUUUGGGCCUGGGAAUUCUCCUCCAGCUCAAUGAUUUCAGCCGAAUUCUAGGAGCAUCGUCUCUACUCCUCGUUGGCACCUAUCCCUUGAUGAAAAGGUGGACAUUUUGGCCUCAAGCGUAUCUGGGCCUAACUUUCAAUUGGGGAGCGCUUUUGGGAUGGUCGGCCAUCCAAGGCAGCUUAAAUCCAGCCGUUGUUCUUCCACUGUAUUUGUCCGGGAUAUGCUGGACGCUUGUCUACGACACCAUAUAUGCACACCAGGAUAAAGAGGAUGACCUCAAAGUGGGUGUCAAGUCCACGGCAUUAAGAUUCGGAGACCACACUUGUCUCUGGCUCACGGGUUUCAGCGCAGCCUCCGUUUCUUUCCUCGCUCUGGCGGGGUACAAUACUGGUAUCGGCUGGCCAUUCUAUGGAGGCGUCCUUGGUACAGCUUGUCACCUCGCUUGGCAGCUCCAGACUCUCGACAUCUCAAACAGCGAUGAUUGUAACCGGAAAUUUGGAUCCAACAAGUGGCUCGGGGCCAUUGUUUUCGGCGGCAUCGUUCUCGGCAAGUUGCAAUGAUCGAUCGAUUCCAUCGACUGAAUGGUACGCUUUAAGUUCCUCGUGAAUGGUGGUCCUCCUGCGAGCACUCAAAGUUUCUCCAAAAGAAAAAUUCCCAUGGCAGGCAAACCACGUGUACAACGAAAUUAUUUCCGCCCGGCGGCAAAGAUUCGUGACGUGUUGAAGCGACGACCAUUCCAGGUGCUGACGCGACGGGGCCCUGCCACUGUGGCGCGCGCUCGAGGCCCCACGUGGCGUCCACUGUGGAGCAAUGCGGCUGCGCCACGUGGCACCGUUUAAAUUUCAAAUAUUCCAUCCAGCGUCACGCUUUGCCCUAA